AACUCGUCACGAAUUCUAUCGCAUAAAAUACGAGCUCUCCUUUUCCACGAUGAUCUUCUUUCAAGAAUGGAGCGGAGGUUAUCGUGGUGCACGAUAGCAAUACUAUUCGUGUUGCUAUUCGUAACGAGCGAGGCUCUGCGUGGACAAAAUUCUCAGGUCGACGAGAAGCAGAGAUCGCAAACGUCGGUUAACCGAGGUACCGCAAGAUUCGAUAUUAAAAAAUCAUUGGAUAAUUACGAGACUACGAUUGGACCGUCGUUAGCGCGUUCACGUGUGGAUCGUGAUAGAAAUACGGAAAUUCGAAGAUCGUCGAUUAAAAACAAGGACGAUAGAGUAACAUAUUCGAGAAAUGUCAAUGUCGUUAAGGAAUCUUUCGGAUCGAGAGAUCGUGAAAGAUCGACGAUAAACGAUAGAACGAUCAAUCCCGACAAAACAACGAAUUUGUCCGAAUCGAAACAACAAACGAGAAGAAACGAUAGAAGAUAUUUGCCGGAAAGAGAUGAUAAAAAGAAUGGACGUAAAAUAGAUAAUCAGGAGAUAUCUGUAAUAACAACAGAGCCUUCAAUAACAAUAACAACAAUAAGGUCAAGGUCAAGAAAAGAGAACGUUAAUACGCCGAGAAGAGCCUCGUCGAGAGUUGGAUCAGUUAGGAAGGUUAAAUCACGAUAUUUGGAGGUUAAUACUGGACCUUCGGUAUUUUCUGGUACGACAGAAAAUUCAAGGUCAAGAACUGGUAGAAAAAUAAAUACGACUUAUAACGACAAAAAUUCGUCAAAGAGAAUAUCGUCGGGCAACAACAAUCGUAGAUACAAUUCAGAUAUUACGGCGAAUAAUACGAGAAGGAACAAUGGUUCAACGAGAGGAUCUAGAAAGGAUACGGAUCUAUCGAGAAGAAGGACUACGGAUAAAUCUACGCAAUUAACUGAAUCUGAAAGUAUUAGAGUCGAUAUACCAUUGACAUUGGUCACUACGGAUUAUCCUAAAUUGACGACCAUCAAUAUUAAUGAUAAUGAUAAUGAUCAAUCAUUUAGAUCAUCAUCGUCAUCAAGAAAAAUUGAAAGGCGUAACGACGAUCGUGAAUACGUUAGAUCGAAUUUGAACGAAUCGAAAAAUUUGGAUAGAACGAAAGCUCGAAGAAAAUCGAAGACGAAUGUUGUCGAUCAUCAUUCGACGACUCAACGAUCUAUUACGAUCAAUCAAAAAAGGGGAUCCUCGAAAUUUGCCGAUUUUGUUUUAAACGAUACCAUUGAUUUUACGACGAUUCGUACGUACAAUAAGGAUGAUAAUGGAAACGACGUAAGAAGAAGAAGUACGGAUCGUACGAGAAAUAACGAUAGAAAAUUUAUUACGAAGGACGAUAAUAAUAAUGAAUCGAUCAAUUCAAGAACGAGAGGUAGAACAUUGGAUAUAGUAUCGAGAUCUGUACCAAAUGGAUCAUCGUCAUCAUUUCAAACCGAUAUAAAGCGUAGAUCAUCGCCCGAUAGGAAUAACAAUAGGAAAACGGAGAUUCGAUCUAGAUCGUUGGAUAAUUUACAGGAUCAGGAUAAUCGUGGACGUUCAAGAGGAAGGAUCAGAACUGAAUCUACUACGACGAAAUUAUUUAUUGAUCCAUCGAUCGAAACGACUACAUCGACGUCGGAUCAAUCGACGAACGUACCAAUUUCUGAUACAUCGAUUACAACGAUGAGAACGUCCGUCGUUGGACAAAGAGAAUCAGCACGUACGAUUACCGAUGAUCUAUCAUCAUCGUCGUCGUCUCGCGUUAGAUCAAGAAAUAGAAAUGGUUCUCAAUCGAGAAAUACCACGAGGGAGGAUUACUUUAAUUAUGGAUUAGGUUUUCGCGGUAGAAAAUUUCCCACGAACGAAGAGACAACGACGAAGAAUACGUCGAUUAAAUCAUCAAGAUUAUCCCAAUCGACGAGUCAACAAACGGGGGUCCGUGGCGUUGGUAAUCCUGGUUGGACACUUCUACGAAGAAAACCGGAAUAUCAAUCAUCGAUUUCUACAACCGAGAAGGAAUCGGUUAUCAAUGAAAUAGCAACGAACAAUGACGAUCGUACGACGAACAAUGAGUCAACAACAGCAACAACAACAAUAACAACAACAACAACAACAACAACAACAGCAGCAGCAACAACAACAGCAGCAGCAACAGCAGCGACAACGACAACAACAAUGCCGACAACGACGAUCGUAUCGACUACGAGAAAUCGUGGAUCGAAGAAAUCAAAGAUCGAAGAUACAACAGCGACUUCUACGACGAUGUCGCCUGGUACGACGAAAAAUUUCAAUUCUACAAGAAGGGGUAACAAGAAUCAAUCUGACAAGAAUAUAAAUAACGAUAAACUUUCUGAUUCGGAGGAGAGCGAUAAUUAUCCUCCUGAUUUUAAAGCGAGAUUAUCACAAUUGAAAAAUUCUAAUCUCAAAAUAUCUGUCGCUAAGAGUACACCAAGAACGAGCACCGAGGUAAAAAAAUCGUCGGGCGUUUCAUUCUCAGAAAGAUCAAAAAUGAAAUUAGAAUUGGCUAGGAGAUUGGUUAAGCCUGAAUUGAACGAACAGGAAAAUAUUUUAGAUUCAACGGGAAAAUUAAGAACAACCGAUACGCCGAUUGGCGAGGAAACGAAGAGGAUUGGUAAAUUGGCUAAAGUCAUUGUUAGGAGUAGUCGAUUGGAAGAGGAUGAUAAAAAACCGGAGAAGAUUGUUAAACAGGAUCAGACGAUUGAUAGUAGCGAUCAGGAAUCCUGGAAAUCACGUCAGAAAAAGGGUAGAGUUGUAUCGGAGAGAACGGUAACCUCGAUAUCGGUUGACGAGGAUACAUCGAAUUACGUCGUUGAGACAGUGACUAAAGUUACCGAGGAAGUAUCCUCGAUGAUGAUCGAUGGAUCAAUAUUGAAGGAUUCGCAACCGCGCAAAACGAAAUCUCAAGAUUUAACGAAUAUCGAAACAACGAGAACCACGAAAGAUUUUAACGUUACACCAAGAAGUACGAUUAAAGGAUUGAAGUCUGGAAGUCUUUUAACAAGACGUAACAAAUCUUUCGUCGAAAGGGAUAUAACAAACAAUGGCGAUGACAUUGAUACGCGGAAGGAUGAAUUAAAGAGGAUUAAUACGUCAUCGACGAUCCUAUCGAAAAGAAAACAAUCAUCGUCGGAAAUUGACGAACAACAACAAGAUGAUGGUAGAACGAAGAAACCGAGAAUGUUGAACAGCGUAACCAAGGCCAACUUUCGUAACGAUCGUUAUACGAAAAAAUUAAGAGAUAGGAGCAACGUGAUAGACGGGAAUGAGAUACCACAGAGGACAACGUCAAGGACAACUACGGUUACAAAUAGAUAUAGUAGGAAAAAGAUCAAUGGUACGAGACCUUACGAUAAAAUUUCGAAAAGUUUUACGACGGCAACGUCGAUCCAAUCGUCAUCGAAAAGACGUGAAUUCAGACCAAGAACAGCUACGUAUCGUAGACAUUCGGAAUUGCCAACUACUAAUACCUUGCUGAUAGAAACGACCGAGAGGGUCGACGAUACUCAGGGCGUUGCGAUCACUCCUAAAACGCUCAAAUAUCAUGCGACCUUGAAGAGUUCAACGCCGAUCGAAACUCGAUCGAUACCGCAGGAGCCUCAGGUUAGCGUUAGGAUAACCAACGACACCAAUUCGAUUGAUACUGGUAUUACCGACAGCAGCAAUGGUAAUACUGGUACAACCAGUAACAUCUUCAAUCCAACAAGAAGUGCCUUUCUAAGUGGUAACAGUACGCUUUUGGAACAGCUACGGAGUACCGUAGCGCCACUUCUCAGCUCUCUGGGUAACAGGACACCUAUAUUUGCCGAGUCCUACAGUAACGUUAACAACGGAAGCUCUACACCUAGGAUUACACCAAACGGAUCACCACCAAGAUUCAGUGCUAGGUAUAAAGGAGCUGAAUUGUUCGUUAGAAAGCCAACAGGUUAUCAACCUACUGUACCAUCGAUCACGAGCUCUUCGACAACGCAAAUAACUCCGAUAGAGAACAUUGGUUCAGUACUACCACCACCUAUUGAUAUUUCCAGUCCCGGAGAGCCCAAAUUUUUAACAUACUAUCAAGCAUUGGAAUCGGCUAGCGUCCGAAACGAGCAAGGGGAUUUUGAACAACAGCAACAACUUAAUGACACUGUAACACAGGAUACUACGCCAACAACUGCCCAAGGGACGGCAGCCACAGGAACAAUGCAAUUCGAUCAAACGAACGAAACCACCAUCAUUCCUAACAUCAUCACAGAGUCACCAACCACAACAACGUCAGACUCUUCCAAUUCCUUGAUCACUGAAUCCUCUCCAUCUGGCACAUCAACUUCCAUUGAUACGACGACGUUAAUAACGACAACGACGACGAUGACGAGCACGACGAAUACGGCGACGCAAACGAUGACGACCAUGACGACACCGGCAUCAUCAACUACCAAUCGUCCACCUGAUACUACUACAACUGCAAUUGAGACUACGAUGUCUACUACCACGCAAUCUAUUGAAGAUAACAUUGAUAUAAAUGAUAAUCUGAUAUCAACUGAAGCAUCAAUGAGUACUACGAGCGUUCCAACAUCCACUACACCGUCCUCGGAAAUGUCCAAUUCAAUAUCAAGAAUGGAUACGAAUAUUGAAACAACAAUGACGGAUUCAACGGCAGAAACAACAUCGACCACAGGAUCGAGUUCAACGAUUACGACUACGACUACAGCGCCAAUGACGACCAUGUCUCAGACUAUUCCGAGCAUGCCUGCAUUUUCAUCAGUAACUCCUGUUACAACUCAAACAACUUUCACAACACCGUAUCUGGGUCGAUUCGGUGGUAGCAGAUUAACUCCAGCGCCUAGAUUUAGUCCUAGCUCGUCAACGAGAGUACCUUUAAGGGAUUAUCAUGUAUACGGGAUAUAUCCUAAUAAAACGAUCGUCAGGAAACGUCCAGAGGAUAAUCUCAUCGAUGCUAGAAACGUUGACAGCCCAUACGUAAUAUUUGGUAUCUACCCUGAUGGAAGAUUGGUCCGGAAGUUCCCAAAUGGCACGAUCAUACCAGAUCCACCAAGCAAUCCGGUUGAGGUUGUCUUUUCUCUUAGCACUACAACUACCACUAACAGGCCACCACCACCCGUGUUCUUUUAUAACCAGGCUAACCAAGGCACUUUUAAUCAAUAUCAAGCCCCGAACUAUUAUAAUAAUCGUAGACCCGUCGGCAACCCGAUGACAAAUGGUCAAAACUUUGGCACCGUUGAUUUGGGACUUACUGGUAACGCGAUCGGCGGAUCAAACGGAGGUGGAGCCGAUUUCUUGGGCCCACUUGGUACCCCUGGUAGCGUCGCGACCACAAAUACAAUGGGAUCUCGAAUAAAUGGUAUUAGCGGAGGCGGUCGUAUCGUUCAAGAUCGACAAAGGGAUGAAGCUAGUAGGUCUAGGGAAUCUGGAGGUCAACGUAAUUCAGUUUAUAUUGGACAGGAUAGAUUUGUUAAUUAUUGGACUAAUGGUUCACCUAACACCAAUCCACGUGUUGUCAGUGUCAACAUAAAUUCAGUUGCAAGUGCAGCAAACGUAGGACCAGCAUCGAAUUCAAGAAUGGUACAAUCCUUUGACAAUUUAUUGAACGAUCAAUCUAAUAAUGGCCAGAUAACAGCACCUCCAGGAUUUCCAUGGAGAGAUCCUUUGGAUCAGAUAUUUGGAAUUACAACUAAUUCUCCAGUAAUAACCGCGUCGAUUGCAUCAAACACUUUGGACGACUCCAACGAAGGUAAUCCAAUGUUCGAUCCACGUCCUGUAAGUCCUUUCGUAGAAGUUUUUACACCGGCUUCUGGUAUCGUGUCUUCUUCUAUCACCGCUGCAAUGCCUACGUCAACAAUUACCACUACAACAACUCCAGUAUCAACAGCAAAUGCUAUCACUACAAAUACGCCAGCUCCAACAACUACUACUACUACUACCACCACCACACCAGCUCCAACAACUACUACUACUACUACUACCACACCAGCUCCAACAACAACUACUACUACUACUACACCAGUUCCAACAACAACUACUACUACUACUACACCAGUUCCAACAACAACAACUACUACUACUACUACUACACCAGCUCCAACAACAACAACUACUACUACUACUACACCAGCUCCAACAACAACUACUACUACUACACCAGCUCCAACAACAACAACUAUUCCUACUACUACAACUAUGCAAGCUCCAACAACAACAACAACAACAACAAUUACAACUACUCCAGUUCCAACAACAACUAUCGCUACAACUACGCCAGCUCCAACAACAAUUACCACAACGGAGGCUUCAAUAACAAAUAGUGUCAUUCCAGAAAUGGGAACGACACCAUUUGGAAUGUCCAAUGAUAUCCCAAUAAAUAUGCGAACACAAAAUGCUUUUGGUACAACAUUCGACGAUCUUGCAUUUUUGAACUCCCUUUUACAGCCUAACGAUGUACCAACUACGCAAAAAACUCUGAACGAAGUGGAAAAGAUUUUAGCCAACAAGAUCCUAUCUCUUGCCUUGAGUAAUGUCGGACCUACUCGAUCACCAAAAGCUAUUCAAUUAUCCAAUGUAUCCCCAAAUACCGUACAACUGUCCUCGUCAUCAUCGUCGUUGUCAUCAUUAUCAUCAUCAUCGUCAUCAUCAUCAUCAUUACCAUUAUCAUCAUCAUCAUCGGCACCGAUAAUCAUCGACUUGUUACCAUCCACCACGGUGAAACCUUCAACGAAACCUUCUACGUCAACUUCAAGAUCAUUUACAACGACGGAAUCCGGAAUUAAUCGAAAAGUCCCUGUUAAAAUCUCUGAUCUAUCGGCCAGUGCUCAAACUCACAGUGCUUCUGUGUCCAGUAGCACAACUACAGCGCCUAUUGUCGUUGUUACGGCAAAGUCCGUAAAUACGAAACCUAAGAGCACAACUCCAGCACCGGUUCAAGGUCUUGGUGCAAGCUUGUUACAAGCCCUAUUUGGUGGAAAUAUUUUUGGUCCUUCUACCACGGUUAAACCAUUGGCUAAAACUACAACUAGAUCGACAAUAAAAACAACGCCAAGUCGAAUCGUUGAGAUCACUCAAAGGCCUAUUUCGGUGACCCAAUCAUAUGUAUCACCUAAAGUUGUCAACUUUUCUGAUACUGUAGUUAACAACGUGAAAGAAACUACAACAAUGAAACCAGUCACUAAGACAACGACGACGACGACAACGACACGUCCAUUAUUGAACAAUCCUAAUCCUAGAUUGUCUAAUGUUGUUAGUUCCUCGACUUAUUCGCCCGAGGACGAUGCUAAAUUCUUAUCAGCACUGUUCAACGCUAUUCAACAAUCCGAUACGAAGAAUCAAAAAUCAGUAACAACGCCGAUACCAACGUCAAUUCAAGACGAUGAAGCUUUCCUCAGAGCGAUUCUAUUUGGUCAAGCUAAACUUCCAAUGGUCAAAAGUACGUCCAAUUCUGAAAUCAGUAACGCGGCUCUCCUGGCGGCCCUAUUGAAGGCCCAAGGCAUAGAACCGUCGACCCCAGCUACGAAUAUUCGACAACAAUUACAAUUGGCCAGCUUAAAUAACAAUCUCGUAUCGCUUCCACCGACAACGACGAGUACAUCUAGACCUUAUUCCACAUCAACGAGUAUUACUUCAAGGCCAACUAGUACGACGACGACGACAAGAAGACCAACGACUUCAAGGCCAAGGAUAAUACAAACAACAUGGUCACCUAGCUCGACUUAUCCGCCGCCAUUAUUCAGUGGAUUCUCCAAUUUUGGCAAUUCAGUUCAAGAAUUACAAAAUACUAAUGGCGGAUCAGUUAACGGGGGGGAAGGUGUUAGAAAUCAAGUUGUUAACGUUGCCCUUGGUGCUACCAGAGCGUUCAGUCAGUUCCUCGGUGCUGCCAUAACGGGUGCAGCACAACAGUUGCAGUCGUUCGUAAGAAACGGCACAAGAAUCGUUUCGGAGGUCGUUGGAUAGAAUUAAACCGAAAGAAAAAUUCCCUAGAUAAUCAUCGAUCGAUAACAAUAUUCGAAUUUAGAUCUAUUACGAGUGAUCUACAAUCGAAUGAUAGAUCAAUGUUUUUUAGGUUCUCUCGAUUAACUCGCGAGAAAUUUGUUCGACGAGAGUUCUACGAUUAUGGACGAUAAAAUAUUUAUAUUUUAUUUACUUAACGUAUAUUAUUGGCAAAGUUAA